AUGAUUGCUGCAUCGACAUCGGCACGUAAAAACUCGACUUGCAUUUCAUUUACUAUACCAGAUUCUCGGCCAUUCUUUGAGCGAGAGCAGUCUCAAUCAAAUCUGCCACGGAAACUGUCCAACUCGUCUUAUGAACAAGUAGUUCAACAACUGCGAUCUCUUCGGUUGGUUGUCGUAGGAUGUGCGCGCGAUGUCGAAGCUAAUCUCAAUGGCUACCGAACUCACAUCGAACAAAUCAUCGAGCUUUUCCAUCCAUCAUCGCGCAUAUUGAUAUUCGAAAGCGAUUCGACUGAUAAAACUGUUUCAAAGCUGAAUAACUGGGCUAGAGCAGAAAUAUUUUCACAAGGAAUGUUAGUUAAACAGUAUGCAUCUCGUACCGAUCGACUUGCUCUCUGUCGAAAUACACUUCUCACUAGAGCAUAUAACUACGUACCUGAUUUCAUCUUGGUUACUGAUGUAGAUAUGUUUUCAACUAGUGUUGCUUCGUUUCUAUCAAAUUUUUAUUACAAUACAGAUGAUUGGUCUGUGAUGACAGCAUCGAUUACUGGCGGUUAUUAUGACAUAUGGGCAUUGCGGACACUAUCCGACGACGUAAUGAACUACGAUGUUUGGCAUCGCAUAUGGCAGUNUUCUUUUUUGUAUGAAAAAUAA